GCUGAAAGUCCCUCUCUACAUGCCAACACAAAAGCCUGAUUGCUUCAGAUUGUUUGUUUAUGUAAAUCAAAAGGGUGCCUUUAACUCUGCAAGGGGGCUGGCAAGCAACAAAGAAGGUGAUGAUUGGCUGGACUCUUGCUCAUGGCUCCUGACAAAUAUGACAAAUCCUCCUGCUUUUUUGCUCUAAGCUCUGUCUGGAUACCUUUAGGAAAAGAAUCUUGUUAUUACGUACCCAAGUGAAUAAUUUGUGCUCUUAGAGUAGCUGUUGGAACCAGAGGACUUGAAGGCAAGAGCAGGUAUAUUAUCAGGGAUCUACUCACUCAGUUUCCCUAAAGCUCUCUCUCUAGAUCGGAUUCAUCUGCACAUCAUGACAGAUGUUCCAACUACAUUUACCCAGGCUGAGUGUAAUGGGGAUAAAGCACCUGAAAAUGGUCAACAAUCAAUCACUAAAACCUGUGAAAAAUUGACUGAUGUGGACAGCCCCCUGCCACACUACAGGGUAGAACCCAGUCUCGAAGUUGCACCCACUGAAGGAAAUCAGGAGGAAAGAGGAAAAUUACAAGGGAACAUACUGCUCAACUCAUCCAUGGAGGAGAAAAUUCUGAAAGAAAAUCCAGAAAAGAAACUCUUUAUUGUUCAUAAGGCUAUCACAGAUCUUUCUCUCCAAGAAACAAGUGCCGAUGAAAUGACAUUCAGAGAAGGGUAUCAGUGGGAGAGGAUUCCUCUGAGUGGCAGUAACCAGGAAAUAAGAAGACAGAAGGAAAGGAUUGCUGAACAACCUCUCAAAAAGGAACAAGAUGAGGACAGGAAGAACAAAGCUCAUCAAGCAGCUGAAAUUGAAUGGCUGGGAUUUCGAAAACCUAGCCAAGCUGACAUGUUACAUUCUAAACAUGAUGAGGAGCAGAAGGCUUGGGAUGAAGAAAUUAAUAAUGAUGAUGAUGAUGAUAAUUAUGAUGAUGAUGAAGAUGAAGUUCGAGUGAUAGAAUAUAAGAAAAAACAUGAAGAAGUUUCUCAAUUUAAAGAGGAAGGUGAUGCAAGUGAGGACUCCCCACUGAGCAGUGCCAGUUCCCAAGCUGUGACCCCUGAUGAGCAGCCAACCUUAGGAAAGAAGAGCGAUAUCUCCAGAAAUGCUUAUUCCAGAUACAAUACGAUAUCCUAUCGGAAAAUCAGAAAGGGAAAUACCAAGCAAAGAAUUGAUGAAUUCGAGUCUAUGAUGCAUUUAUAAACUAACUGGAACUGAGAAAAUCUCACGCACACUAAAGGAAAACUAAUUCUAUUGUCCCAGUGUGCAUAUUUCUAUGCCCUAUUUGAGUUAUCACCUGAAAAGAGGUGGAAGUUGACUUUCUUUUUCACUGUAGAAUAAUGUGGAAAUAACCCUAGAUAAAAUUCAGUCUGAUAACCUCAAAUCAAAAAGCUUUAGAUUCAUUCUUGGGCAUUUGUCUUUUAAAACGUCACUAAUAUAGCACUAUGUGAUAAGCACUAAGCAGUCAGUCCCCUGGGGGAAUAUGGCAUAAUUUGGCUAUAAAUGUAGCAAUGCUUGGAAAGGUAGUCAUCAAAUGAGACUAUUUGAGGGGACUAUUUGAAAUGAUUCUUAUAUUUCUUUCCGUAUCUUUUUUCUUGUACAUCGGAGUGAUGGAAAGUCUGAUAUUAAAAGCUCUCGUACAUUUAAACAUGGUUUUACGGACUCUGGCAAAUAAACCUUCCAAAAUUCUUUGCCUUUUCUAUUAUCAUCAAACAAGAUUUCAAGUGACUUUCCUUGACAUCUACAGAGAGAAAAUUCUAUCAGCCUCCUUCCUAGGUGUUACCAUUCACUGAAUCUUCUCACAGAGGGGGAUGAGCAAUUGUCAGUCAGGAGAAUUCUGUUUGCUAAAUGUUGCCUUUAUGCUUUCAAACUGAAUUAAACCCAUUGUGAGGUUAACAUGGGAGGGGCUAGAAGAUUGGUGGGCAGCAGACUAAAGAGUUAUGUUGGAUAGUUUUAUUUCAGUAGCUGAAAAUAAAAUCCUGUCUAGCACAGUUAAAGUCAUUAAAAAUAAAAAUGACAGCUUUAGCACAAUUUUAAGAAAAUGCCCCUCUCUAUUACCACAUUUUCUCUUAUUAACAGUAUCUCAGAAUAAUUUUCUUUCCUUAGAAACCUGAGACAACGCUAGUCAUAACUGUACUAGUUACUAUGAAAAUGGAAAUAAUUAUCUUAGAAUAUUUUCAAAGUAGAGCGUGAGCAUGUAUUUUUAGUGAGAGAGCUCUGAUAGUUGUUGGGAAUAUAUAAUUUACUGGACCUCAGCCCAAAUCAAGAUGCUUAAAAUUGUACUUGUGGAGCUUCACUCAAACCAAUGUGUCAAAUAACGUAUUGAAUAUUUAUGAAAAGAGAGACUAUAUUUAUAUUCUUAGAUAGUUGCUUCCACAAUUUUUCACUGCAUGCUUCCAUAUAUAUUACCCUGAACUUUCUAUCACCACAGAUAAAGAUUUUUAUUUUGCUCUGCAAAUAAAAAGACAAUUCCUUAUUGUCUGAAUGUAAUACAGUCUUCAUUGUACUAUUCAACCCUUUGUUUAUUUCUUUUUCAUUUUGUGAAAAACUCUGGGUUAGUCCUCUUAGAUGACUGCUUAUUUAUGUGUAACAUAAAUCCCACAUGUUCUAAUGACAACUUCUUUAAUUCUUCUGGUUACAUAAUAUAUUUCCACAAUAUCACAUACUAUUAUUUAGUUGUUUACAAAACUCAAAUUUGAAUUCAGGAUUGCAGUGCUCCUUUUAUUCUUUGCAACAGAUACCAUAUAAAAGUUAUUUUACCCUCAUUCUAUACAACCUAUAGAUUUCAUUUGUUACAAUGUCAGUUUCCAGAAUGCAGUGAGGGAAAUCAGGUUUUUAUUGAUAAAGUUAGGGAGAAGAUGAGGCAAUAGGACAAUUUCCAGUUUAAUUUACAUCCUCUAAUUUUUCUGCCUGGACAACCUGUUUUCUUUUCUGGGUUACUGACAACCCCUACAAUUUUCCACUUAACUUCAAAACACAGUAUUGUGUUAUCUAGCACAAAACAGGACCAUGUUCCUAACCUACCAUCAAGGCCCUGUAUUUUGAGUUAUUCCAACAGAGAUGAUGGAUUCCUGUAGGACUAGAGAUGGGAGAGCUAUGGCUAUGUGGCAUGGCAAAGCAAGUAGCUCUAAUGGGACUCCGGUACAUGCUAACACGGUCCUCUUAGCUUUGUGCUCUUACCAGACAAUGAAUGACCUAUGAAAGAUUUAGUCAACAGAAAAUAUUUUAGAGUAUGUUUAGUUAGCAAAUGCUUCAUGUUGAUGGACGAUGCAGUGUUUCUGCAAAAUAGCCCUGACACUAUUCUUUGGCAUUGGUGUCCAUGGGCCUAUACGUCUUACAUGAACGCCACAGAGUUAAGUGAUCUCAGGUAACAUAAUGAUGACGGUUGGCUAUUUGAGUCUUUGUAACCUAGGAAAGACAAGGGUCUGAUUCAGAUUGCAUGGGGGAUAUUUAACACGUUUGAAACACAGUUGGAACACGAUUAAGAACACAACCUGGUAGCUACACAUGAGGGUUUACUGGAGCUUUUGUGAUUCAAAGUUCAGGGGUCGUAAGGACUCUGGUACCAGGGAAGAGGGAGAAUUAAUUUAUUGUGCAAAUGCUGGUAUUUCUUAUAUGACUUUUUGUUUUCCUUUGUUGCUAUAUGAACAGAAACUAAUAAUAGUUCUAUUUCUCUUCCAAUAUAAAAUCUAUCUUUUAUAUAAUGCUACGUUUGAAGUCACAGAAUUUUCCAGUAUCUCUUUCUCUCCCUUUACUUACCUAUCUACAAUUUAAAUAAAGAACUGCUGUGUCUGACUUACUCUCAAUAAAA